UGAUCAAAGUGGUAAUUCUAUAGAACUAGAUGUUAAUUUAGAAGCUUUGCAAGAAUCUGCAAUGAAAAAUGAUAAAGAAUAUAUUGGAAAAGUAGCAUUUCCUGUAUAUCUACGCUGGAAGACAGAAAGUGAAGUAGCAGUUAUAGAAUAUAUUCGUUUAAAUACGACUAUUCCUAUUCCUAAAGUUUAUUAUUGGAAUAGUUCUGUCAACAAUCCAUCUGGUCUCAGCAUAAAUAAAAAAGAGAUAUUUCUUUUAAAGAUUAUUGAAAUUCUAUUGGCACUUAAAAAGCUUACUUUUUCAAAAGUUGGUAGCAUUUUUUUUGAUAAAAAUAAUCAAUUUAAAAUUGGUCAGGUGAUCGAAAUUGAUUUAUUUUCUGAUGAACAGGCAACUUUAUCAACCAUGAAAAAAGGGCCUUUCAACACAACAAAAGAAUAUAUUUUAGCUGAUGAUGAAAACAAGUUUGUAUUAACACAUAGAGACUUUCAUUCAUCAAAUAUAUUAGUCAAUAAUGAUGAAAUUAUGGGAUCAUUGAUUGGAAAUAUUCUGGUGCGUUUCCAAUGGAAUGCUUAUGUACCUACCCAGUGUGGAUUACAGACAAUCCUAUGGUGGAACAAACAAAUGAAGAGUUCAAGGAAAAUCUGA